AUGAAGGAUUUAGACAACAUUGCCAGAGUAAAAGCACACAAUAGUAGUAAUAGUGGUAGUAGUAGUAGCGAUAGUAGCAGUAACAGUAGUAGUGAUAGUAGUAGUAGUAGUAAUAGUGUUAGUGAUAGUAGUAGUUGUAGCAGUAGCAGCAGCAGUAGUGAUACUAGUAGUGUUAGUAGUAAUAGCAAUAGUAGCAACGGUAGUAAUAGUAAUAGUAGUAGUAGCUGCAGUAGUGGUAGUAAUAGUAGUGCUAGUAUUAGUAGCAGUAGCAGUAGUGACGGUAGUAGUGAUAGUAGUAGUGAUAGUAAUAGUAGUAGUGGUGGUGCUGUGGUGGUAAGUGACUUUUCCUAUUUUUCUGCUUAUGGUGGUGGUGCUGAUGGCGAUGGUGGUAUGGUGGUGGUGGUAAUUGUUGUACAGUAG